AUGCGGUUACUAUGUUGUUCAAGAACUGCCUCCCAUCAAUCACUCGUCAACACCCAAAAGACGCCGGAUCGGAUCGUGCAGGCGGAGUCGCAAUUCCGGAGCGGGAUCGAGUCAGCAGAGCGUGUUCCCCUCACCGUCAGCUACGUCAGACACGAUGGCGUCUCCCCUCAUCAUCUGAUUCAACUGAACAGCCUCUCCCCUCCUCGUCGCCUUUCUCUCCCCGUCCCCCCACUUCCCUGCGCGCGCCAUCAGCUGUGCCAGCUGUACCUCCCUUCGCUGCGUCACUCUGCAGAGGGAGGAUGCCUUGCCUGGCUGCAGUCGCUUCGGGAGUUGUUCAAUCGAAAACCAACUUUGCCAUACUCUUUGCCCGGAAUCAAUUGGGCGAAGAUACAGCGUGAACUGAAGAACUUCACCACCAUCCUCACUGACCUAAGAAAGGACAUUGACAUAAACUCCAAGUUGGAGUAUACUCGUCUCUAA